AUGACUGCCAGGCGAGUGGACUUAAGGUUGUUGUUUCUACGCAUGAUUGGGAUAGCCAUGUAUAUUAUUAUGCUGAAACUUCCCCAAAUUAAAUUUUUUAAAUGGCAUGAAUAUAGCCCCAAGGAGAGCGAAUCGUUGUGGAUCCAGCUGAUUGUGACCAUUUCCAGAUUUUCCAUCAUAAUCACUACUUUUCCAUUCGCUGUGUUGAACUUCGCCGGCCUCGUAACUUUGUGUUUCUUCCCCACACGACAUACCAAGCCUAAGUAUUCACCUCUUCUGGCCCCGUUCAUAUGCUUCCGCGUUGUCACGCGGGGACUUUUUCCUGAACUUGUUCAGCAAAAUGUUGAAAAGAACAGAGAGACUUGCUUAAAAAGUGGAUUAGCGAAGUUUAUGUUUGAAGUCGUUACUGACAGGCCAAUAUACCUCCUUGAGAAUAAAUUCACACUUGAACAGGUAGUCCCGCCCUACUACCAGACUCCAAAUAAUAGCUUGUUCAAGGCGCGAGCGCUUCACUAUUGCAACGAGCCAGAAAUAAACCAACUGGGUCCCAACGACUGGAUAGUUCACCUGGACGAAGAAACUGUCCUUACAGAGGACUCCGUAAUAGGUAUCUUAAACUUUGUGUCAAGCGGUGACGCCGACUUUGGACAAGGGGCGAUAACCUACGCUAGCGGUCAUGUGGUCAACUGGGUGACGACAUUGAUUGACGGCUUCAGAGUAGGUAUCGAUUACUGUUAUCUGCGAUUCUCCCUGAAAGUAUUACAGCGUCCUAUUUUCAACUGGAAAGGGUCCUACAUGGUGGCCAGAGCAGGAGCAGAGCAUGAUGUUUCCUUCGAUAACGGUGUGGAAGGUUCAAUCGCCGAAGACUGUUUCUUCGGUGCCGUUGCUUGUUCAAAGGGAUACCGGUUCGGUUUUAUCGAAGGUGAAAUGUUGGAAGAAAGCGUUUACACUUUUGCCGAUUUCAUCCGCCAGAGGAAACGAUGGAACAAAGGAAUUUACCUGACGGCGCGCAGCCCAAAUAUCCCCAUUCGCCAUAAAAUAGGAAUAUUGUUGAUGUCUUUUGCAGCCCUUUUUCUCCCAUUUAUUGUCUUCGGAGUUGUCUUGGACACGUUAUCAAACGUGCCCAGUCUGCAGAUCACGGAGCUAAUACUGAGGUUUGUGCGUGUUUUCUAUACUUACCUCUUUGUUUUUGGGAAUUACAAUAACUUGAAUAGAAGCAGAUUUCACCUUGUGCACAGGGUGUGUAUUUCUAUCCUGUCUAUACUGGUUCAGCCGGUCUGUGCUGUGUUGGAGUGCAUUGCGUCUCUCUGUAAUACACUGACGUUAAAUGAUAUAGACUUCUACAUCGUCCAGAAGAGCCCUGAGCUUUGUUUGAAGGACAGUGGAGCAUUUGUUUGA